CAUUUCUUUUUGUUUGAAUUAGGCUGUUAAAUGUGCAAUGCAUUAAUGAUCGCGCCUGCAAUUCGCAAUGUUCUUUACUGUUUGUUGAUGCUGAAGUCCCGAUCAGCUGAUUUGAUUGUAUCGUGCUAUUAGUUUUUGUGUUCAUGGUCUGAAGACAAACCUGUGAAAUCUCUGGGAGUGGUGGGGGUCUCUAGUUGGUCCUCAAUGAGGAUCAGGCAGGAGAGAUUUCUCUUUGGAUAUACUUCAUUGCCUUCCUGAGAGAUUCUCUAUGGUCUUUGCUUGGACUGGGUAUUUAUCUUUCCGACUUACAAUCGUAUGUGAUGGUUGAUUCUCUUUAUGGAUAUAUCUAACUAAAAGAUGGGACUACUAUUAGAAGCGAUAUAGUGCUUGUAUUCUCUGGCAACUUCUUAUGAAGAGAUGGAGAAAGAAAGGUCCACUGAGAAAAGUGUAGUCUGUGAGGAUUUUUCCUCAUCAACUGAGAAUGUAGAACCAGUGGAUGACAGCUCGCGUAAUAGCAUAGACAAGGAGAGUGGCUUGGCAACUUGUCGAGUUUGCCAAUGUACUGAACCUGAUAGGAGGGGGAAUGUUGCACUUAGACUUUUGGGUAUUUCUCCACCAUCAUCUGAUAUAUUUAAUGGAAAAAAGGAGGUGAGUUCUAAAUUUAAAGUUUCCCUGACAAAUGUUGGAAACAAUUCCCAGAACAGAAGUGAAUUAAUGAGGUCUGAAUUUAUUGAAUUUAUCAGCCCAAAAGGAGAGGUUUUUGUUUGUACUGCUGAUGUAGAAUUUGGUAUUGCCAACAAUGAGGACAUUCUGUCAGAACUUGGAUGUGCUUGCAAAAGUGACCUUGCUUUAGCGCACUAUGCUUGCGCUCUUAAGUGGUUUAUCAACCAUGGAUCAAUCAUCUGUGAAAUUUGUGGACAUGUUGCAAAAAAUGUAAGAUCUGAAGACUUCAAAAAGGUAUUGGUUUCUUUAAAAGAAUAUGAGGCCCUGAGAGAAAGAAUUGUCAGUGGAGAACCUAAUCAUGCACGCCACCGAACUAACUUUGGUAUAGAUCCUGAAGCUGUUGCUGCUAUUCGGAGGCAAAGGUUAAGUGAAAUUUCGUUGUGGUUUAAUCCGAAUAACAGUAUUGCCGUAUUAUCCCUCGUGGUAAGUGAACAACCUUCGACUUCUAAUGUAGUCAUGGAAGAGGUCACCAGUGUCCGGACUACCAUUACUGAGUGGGCUGUAGAGGGCAUAGUUAUCCUGCUUGCUACAGGCCUGUUGACUGUCACUCUUGCAUGGUUGAUUGCUCCUUAUGUUGGCAAGAAAACUGCCAAAAAUGGCCUGCAUAUUCUUCUUGGAGGCAUCUCCGCAUUGACAAUUGUAGUUUUCUUCCGUUUUUUUGUGCUGACAAGAAUCAAGUACGGGCCUGCACGGUACUGGGCUAUCUUGUUCAUUUUCUGGUUCCUUGUGUUCGGGAUAUGGGCAUCGCGAACCCAUGGUGCUCAUGCAACAUAACCCCAAGUUCACAUUUUUGUCCGAAUACGUUCAUUUAAGAAGCGUAGAAAGUUGUAUUGAUGUAGUUAGUGAAUCCGUGAUCUGGUCACUAUGCCAUUCUUGUCAUAAGGAUGAUCUCUGCUACCUGAAACUAUGUUUCUGUCAACUUUUGAAUUGAAGGUGAAGUGUUUUGAUCCAUGAUUCAAUUUCAUUUCCAGUUUUCAA